CCCACCCCCACUCCCCAAACAACUACCCUCAAAUUUUCUAUCUCUAUAUUUCUUUGAAUUUUCCUAUUUCGCUCUCUUUGAGCUCGAUCGGCAGAUUUCUUCUUUAUCCUUGUUACUUUUUUUGAAUCUGAUUUGAUUUCGGAGGAAUUUCAAUUUCCCGAUUUUUCAUCUGCUCUAAUCGACGAUUUCAGCCUUUCUGUCUGUCGAUUGUGUUCUUCGCUGAGCAAAUUAGGGUUUGUAUUUUUACGCUGAAUCAGGCUCUUUUGUCUAUCACUUUUUUCGAUUUAUUCUCUUUACACAUUCUUUUGCUAAACCCUAGCUUGUUAAGUUUUCCUAUUCUGUCAAAUAUUCAUUGAUUCCUUAUUAUUUGAUUUGUAUAGUAAAAAUUUUGAAAAAUAAAAAAGAAGUCAGGUGUUGUUUCGUUGAUUGAUUCUAUUGUAUUAUUCAGAUUUUUUGUUACAAGAAGCUCUGUGAGAUUUUAGGUGCGUUGUCUUUUAGUUUACCAUCCGAAAUUGAGGGUUUCCUUGUUGAAUCUAAUAAGCUUCGCGUCACCAAAAAAGAGAGAAAAAAGAAAAAAACAUAAAGAAGAAAAAGAAAAAAAAAAUCCUACUUUUAGGUGUUUAGAGUAUUCCUUUUUAGCUGUUGUUAGAGUUGAUCUAAACCAUAAAUGGCGUUAAAUUUUUCGCAUCGGCCCAUAUUUCCGGCACAUAUAUCUGAGGAUAAUUUGGUAUCACCCAUGAGAAUUGUGAAUGGGUGUUUAGUCGAGGGUGUUCCGGAGAAUAAUGUGGAGAAUUUUCCUUGGUCGUGGCGUGUUUGUCGAGAACCGCAUGACGGGUUUGAAUAUGGUUAUGGGGGGAAAAGAAGAGACAAGUGUGAUUAUUCUGAGUUGGUAUCGGAGGAUAUCAUUGAUCUUCUCCCUGCUGAUCCAUUUGGGAUGGAUAUAAGCACCACUAUCACAGCCAUUACGGGUUGGCUUGAGGAUUUGGAAGUUGAUUAUGGAGGAUGUAGGAGAAACCAUGCCGGUCCAAGUAAUGAGGACUAUGGUUUAUUUGCCGGUUUUGAUUUUAUUUGGAACGAUUCUAUGAGGUUCCAAUCAUUCCCUAUUAAUCACGUUCGGUCUGAUGACAAACUGAAUAGAGGUGAUCCAGUGAAUUGGCUUAUUGGGGAGAGAGAUAUGAGGGACGCCUUGGCCCAUGUUGGUCUUGGCUCAGCUUGCAAUGUGGGGGACACUGCAGGCUUCAAUAAUGUAGGUUCAGUCAGUUUUCUUCCCCAGACCAUGGAAACAGGGUCUGGGGCGAUGUCUUGCUCUGGUGAAGAUGAAGGAGCCCCUCAUGAGGCUUUAUCUUUUGCUCUUGGUUACCUUGGAGUGAAGGAUCUUUUGAUGGUAGAAAGUGUUUGCAGGUCCUUGCGGCUUACUGUAAAAAAUGAUCCUUUAUUAUGGAAAAGCAUUCACAUUGAAAAUUCAUUGACUGAGAUCAGCGAUGAUAUCCUCUUGCAAUUGACUAGCAGGGCUCAAGGUAACUUACAAUGCUUGAGUUUGUUAGAGUGUACCCGCAUCACAGAUGACGGUUUGAGGCGGGUACUUGACUCUAAUCCACAUUUGACAAAGUUAUUUGUUCCUGCAUGUACAAGACUCAGUAUUGAAGGCAUUGUAAAUAUGUUGAAGUCUUUUAACUGUCAAAGAGGUAAAAUGGGUAUAAAGAACCUGUGGAUUGGCGGUCUUUAUGGAGUGAUGCAUGAACAUUUUGAAGAGCUGGAGUUUCUUCUAGGUGCAGAUAGCCAGACGAGGCAAAAUGUUUACAAACCCCAUUUCUUUUCUCGAAGGAAUAUUUAUCGUUUGGUUGAUGACAGUCGGGCUAUUGAUGUUCAACUUUGCCCUAUAUGUAAAAAAGUAAGGUUGGUCUAUGAUUGUCCUGCAGAGGGUUGCCUAGUGAAAGAUGAAGCUACUAAAGAAUGUAGGGCCUGCUCACUUUGCAUCUUACGGUGUAGUGAAUGUGGGAGAUGUAUAAAUAACACUGAAUAUGUGGAGACUUUUUGUUUGGAAUUGCUUUGUUCUGAUUGCUCUAAGCAGCCUUUGGAGUGCAAAGAUGAGCAGAAGUGCUGCCUUUGAAGUGCCAAGAUGAGCAGGAGGGAGGGAGGGAGUGAGGGUCUGGUUCCUGUGAAGGAGAUCGAAGUGUGACUGCCGAGGAGUAAAUCUAUGUGCUAUCUACUUGUUUAAUUGGAUAAAAAAAUUUAAGCAGCCAAUUGACUGCUAUCAGUUUGUGCAAGACUUGCCGAAAACAGUUGAAUUUGUUUUGUUUGUUUAACUGCUGUCAGCAAAAUAAAGUACUCUACUCAUUGUUCAAAUUUCACUUGAAUGUUUAGUGCUUUGAAUGAAAGUAAAGAGUUGUGCUUUAAAGAAA